GUAAAACACGUUCAUUCCCUACAUUUUCCUCGCAGCCUGGCCGCCGCACUUGCCCUCGUUAACCCUUCGAUCUGCUCUCUCCGGCCGCCGCAACAACAAGCAGCUUUUUCUCUUCCUCUAGAAGCAGUGCAUAGCUCGAUGUUACCUAUUAUACCUCCAUCAGGCGGUAGGCGGACGCAGUCAGCGUAAUUGUUGUAUUCUCCGUGAGCAAGCAGUGAGAUCCGAACGGGGAUCGAGUGGUAAGCAGUGAUUUCCUCCUGCAAAGGACACAGGUUUGCCAGACAAUCUGUUCUACUUGUAGUUCAGCUGUAGUUCAACUGUUGAUUGUUGACUGCCCAGCAUAAAUAGUUUUUAGCGAAUGCAAAGUUGAAUAUCAACGUUUCUACAGUUUUUUAAUUUUGUGUUUAUUCCUACGGAUACAAUUUGCGCUGUUUUAAUAUUUUUUCUUUAGGAUCCAUAAUUUGCACCAGCUAUAUCCGGGAAUCAAUUGUCUACUUGACUAUAGCUUCGCAUCGACCACCUUUUAGACCUCUAUUGGCGAACUGAAUGGUUACCCAUUUAUUCUAUUGCUUUUUAAAUCAAUCGAUGAACAAGAAGUAUCUUUUCACGUUGAUAUAAAUCUACUCAGAUUCAUGACUAUAAGUACACUUUUCAACACCUAAGAAUUAUUAAUGUAGAAAGGGUUCCUUGAUGAGAAUUUAGCGUUGUAACUUGUGACCUAGUUUUUCGCUUAUAGCAGUCCUUUAUUAGUGCCAUGUUGUUGAAACCUAAUUUCUGAUUUGUAUGUUGUCUGUUUCCUUCUUUAUUGUUUUUCCACAGCUUUUUAAUAAUCUGAUUGAUUUUAUCAUUUCAUUUAACUAUCUGAGUGUUAUCCCCUUAUUGGUCAAUGAUCACCCAAUUACUUCUUUCUUUUUUUCCAAACUUUCUAGGAUGAGUGAACAGUGUUAUUAUGGGCAUUUUUUAGUUCGUGGUCAAUUGCUAAGGUUUUCAUAGGCAUCUCUAGAUGUGAAGUACUGAGGCAAGAAGAACUUUUUUACGUAGGCAUAGACCUGAAGCUGAAUUCUUUAUGGGUUGUUAUUUUUUGAAAGAAUUAUAGAAUAAUACCUAAGAAUUGUAUUUUUUUUAUAUAUGCAUAUCCAGGUUACAGAGCGGUAAUACUGGUCUCUAAUGAGCUAAAUGGGCCUUGUUUCAUUACAUGUUUGAUAAUUCUAGGGAACUGUGAUCCUUAAGUUUGAGAAUAAGAAAUUGCAAACUUGGUAAUUGAGCAAACUGAAUAAUGAAAUUUCAUAUAAGCAGAUUAAUUGUUUGUGAGGAUGAGCAAGCUUGAUCUAAAUAAGAAAAUAUUUUCAUUGGAAUUUGGAAGUUCUAAACGUGCUAGUUGUCAUCACCAUCCAUUUAGCUUCACUGUUCUGUUUCCAGCUGCAGUUCUUGAUAAAUUAGCGACGUGCAAAGUUCUAUCUGGCUGCUAUGUUUCUAAGAAGUGUAAAAUCUCACCACUAUAUAAGAAGAUGCUUCUUCAGUAGCAUUAGCCAUGAUUCUGCAAUUACAGAGCUAAACAAGGAAAUGGAGUCAAUUUUUGGCUCACCACCUUCAUCCAGUGCCCUAAGUUCAAAUGCUCCUCCUCAAGUAUCUACCUUUGCUUCUGCCGGCUCAAAAGAAGACCCUGUAAGCUUGUCUCAUGUCGAUAGCAGCGGACAUGCCAAGAUGGUAGAUGUGUCCGCUAAAGAAGAAAGCACGAGAGUAGCAGUCGCAAGCUGCAGAGUUCUUUUAGGCCAAAAGGUGUUCCAGUUGGUUGCCUCAAACCAGAUAGCAAAAGGGGAUGUCCUGACUGUGGCAAAGAUUGCCGGAAUCACUGGAGCAAAGCAGACUGGCAACCUCAUUCCAUUGUGUCAUAACAUUGGUCUCGCACAUGUUCGCGUUGAUCUGAAGCUUAAUGAGAAAGAUCACAGUGUCGAGAUUGAAGGGGAAGCUGCAACAGCAGGGAAGACAGGAGUCGAAAUGGAAGCCAUGACUGCUGUUACGAUUGCCGGGCUUACCGUAUACGAUAUGUGCAAGGCUGCUUCGAAGGAGGUUUGCGUUACUGAUGUUCGCCUCGAGCGCAAGGCAGGAGGUAAGAGCGGCUACUGGUCGAGGGAAUAAUGAUUCAAUAAUGUAGUCAAUGCUUUUUUAAAAAAAAAUUGGAUCAGAUGGAACGUCCAAUUGAUCUCUUGCUGUGGUUUUUUCUUGUUGAACAUGUCAAAAUGUUUAAUCAAAAAAAUAAUUGGAAAAAAAAACAUUGCGUGUAAA